CAACCUUUGGGCCAAGUCGUGAAACAGCCAACAGAGGCAGCAGCAGCAGCAGCAGCAUGGGCAUUGGCGCGCCUGCGCAGAUGGCCACCUUGAUGCAAAGGACGAGCUUGGGCCGAACAUACCGCGAGGUCAAGAAGGUGCAGCGUAUCGCGCUCGGGUGCCUCACGAUAAAGCACCCACUGCGAAGAGUUUGCAUCAAGAUCUUCCAGUCGCCAUGGUUUGACCGGAUUGUGAUCUUGGUCGUGUGCUUCAACACGGUGAUUCUGGGCCUCGUCGACUACUCGCAAGCGUGGGCCGAAGGCCCCAAUCCGAACGUCGGCUACAACCACUUUAUCGAGCUCUUCAACUCGAUUAGCCUCUACUUCUUCGCAGCCGAAAUGGCCGUCAAGAUCGUGGCCAUGGGCUUGAUCUUCGGCGAAGGUGCGUACCUGAGCAACAACUGGAACCGCCUCGACUUCGUCAUUGUCAUCUCCGGCAUGCUCAAUUGGCUCAACAUCCGUGUCGGGUUCAUUCGCGUCCUGCGCGUCCUUCGGCCACUUCGGACGCUGCACUCGUUUCCGGGCCUCAAGAUCCUCACCAAUUCGCUCCUUGCGAGUCUGCCAGCGCUCGGAAACGUGGCCAUCUUGCUCUCGUUCAGCUACAUUGUGUUUGCGAUCCUGGGCAUGGAGAUCUGGCGCGGCGGGUUCCAUCCGCGCUGUCGGGUGACGCCGUUCCCGAUUGCGCUGCCGUUUGACUUGGCGACUGCCCCCGUCGGUGCGUACCCCGUGAGCCAGGCGUAUUUAAACCAAGUGCUUGCCAACCCUUCGUGGUACCGCUGCAACAAGACGGCGGGCGUCCCGUACGAGGUCAACGACUCGUGGGCUCAGCCUGUCGGGUGCUUUUGGCCGCUCGAUACCGACGUCGACCCGACGCUCUACACUCGGUACUGCGUCGCGGCCGGUGAAGUCGGUCGGCAGUGCGGCCCCGGGACGUGGUGCGGGUCCAACUACGACAAUGACGGCCAACCACGAUUUCUGGAUAUUGCAACCCACGAGUGGUCUUACUCGAUCAUGGCCCAGCCCUCGUUCACGCCCAAUCUCAACUUUGGAUUUACCAACUUUGACAAUCUCGGCAACACGUUCAUGAUCAUUCUCCAAGUGGUCACUGCGUCCGGGUGGAUGGCGCUCACGGAAAUGACGCAAUGCGCGGGCAACCCUGCGGUUGCGGCGAUUUACUUUAACGCACUCCUCUUCUUUGGCAUGUGCUUUCUCUUGCAGCUCAACAUGGCUGUGCUCUGCACCGAGUUUGACAAGGCCAAGGAAAACCAGGAAAAAAUGGCCCGACAAAAAGAGGCUGCGCUCAUGGCCGAGCUGCAUGCGACCAUCAAGUCGCGUCUCUCGACCGUGCAGUCGCAAGCGAUUGCCACCAACAAAACGGGGGAGCCCAACGUCGUCGUUGCUGCCCAUCCGGACCACCAGCACCUUGGCGACAUCGUCGUCGGCUCAGCAGCGUCGCGGCACAUAACGAUGCUACGUGCAGCAGCAAAAAAGCUCGUCCUGAACGAUAACUUUCGGCAGUUUGGGCUUGCCGUGACGGUCGGCAACAUUUUUGUCAUGUCGCUCAACCACGCGAACCAGACCGAAGCCUUCGUGUACAACAGUGAAAUCGUCAACUUUGCGUUCCUCCUCUACUUUGUGUGGGAGUCGAGCGUCAAGAUGCUCGGAAUCGGUCUCGGUCCGUUCUGGCGCGACAAGUUCAAUCGGUUCGACGCGCUGACCGUGCUACUGGGGAUUAUCGAGUUUGCGACCAACCCGCCGACGUUUAUCGAUGGCACACCGGGUGGCCCCGGCGCGUUCACGUCGUUCCGUGCGCUGCGCGCGCUCAAGAUUGCACGGGCGUGGAAGGGUCUCAACAAGCUCUUGACGGCCAUUAUGAAGUCGUUUGGGGAGAUUCUCAACUUUCUCUUCUUCCUCGUCAUCUUUUGCUACAUCUUUGCCCUCCUCGGCAUGGAGAUUUUUGCGACCAAGUAUCAAUUCGACGAAAACAACUUGGCACUGCCGUACAACAAUACGAACCCGACGUCGCAACUGCAUCGAAGCAACUACGACAGCAUGACGUGGGCCGUCUUCACCGUCUUCCAAGUCAUCACAUACGAUAACUUUCCCAGCGUGACGUACGACGGCUGGAUCAGCGUCGGGUGGGCCUCGCCCGUGUACCAUGCCGCGAUCAUUGUGCUCGGUGUCUGGAUCGUCAUGAAUAUGUUUCUCGCCAUUCUUGUCGGCGCCUGCAUGGACGACGACGAAGGCGAUUCCACCGAGACGGUACUCGACGAUGCCAGAGACGACGACGGCGACGCGCCGCCACCAGGCCACGUCGUGCGCAACGUACGUCGGGCCAAGCGCGCCAUGUUGCAAUUGCUCACGUUCUUUGACGCGACGGUCUACGACCCGAUCGUGGAAGAGAAGGCUGCGCAUGCGAAAUUCCAUUUGAACAAGGGCGCCAGUCUCUUUGUGUUUGCGCCAAACAAUGUCAUCCGGGCGAGCUGCGUCGCCUUGCUCAAGCGGCGCGAGUGGUCGUGGUUCAUUUCGCUCUCAGUGUUUGUGUCGUGCAUCUUUACAGCCAUUGACACGCCGCUGCUCGACCCGAAUUCGGCGCUCGGGCAGUCCAUUGCCGUCUCGAACAACCUCUUUGCGAUCCUCUUCUCGGUCGAAUUGUGCCUCAACGUGAUUGCGAAAGGCCUCUUGUUUGGCAAAGACGCGUACGUGAAAGACGCGUGGCGGCUCCUCGACGGCUUCAUUGUGACGGUCUCGGUGCUGCCCUACAUGAUUGGCGGUGGCAACGGCGCGCUCUCUGCACUGCGCGCGCUCCGGGGGCUUCGCGCACUGCGCCCGCUCCGUGUCAUCAACAAGCUGCCGCAGCUCAAGAUCGUCGUCAACACGCUCUUCCGGUGCAUCCCGGACAUCAUCAACGCGCUCGUCUUCUUCAUCUUCAUGCUCUUCAUCUUUGGCUUGAUGGGCGUCACGUUCUUCAAGGGCGCGUUCAACUCGUGUUCCGUGAGCCCGUAUACGUACACAGCGUUCCCACCCAUCGACACCAUGACGUACCCGGUUGCAUGGAGCAACAUGACGGCGAGUCAACGAGCGCCGUAUGCAGCCGUAUGGAACACGACGGGGUGCGGGCCGUUCGCAGACGACUACAAGCCAACGUCCAAGCAAAUUUGUCUCUGCUUUGCGGCGACCCACAAAACCACGUGGGACCCGGUCGUGCCCCAAAAGUUUGACAAUAUUCUCUGGGCCGUCGGCGGCUUGUAUGAGCUCACGACGAUGGAGGCGUGGUCGCUCGCGGCCAUGGCAGGCGUCGAUGCGACGGGCGAAGACAUGCAGCCGAUCAUCAACACAAACGUGGUCAACUUGCGGCCAUGGCAGGCUUGCGUCGAUGCGACGGGCGAAGACAUGCAGCCGAUCAUCAACACGAACCUGUGGAUGAUCCUCUGGUGGUGGCUCUACAUGAUUGUGUGCGCGUGGUUCGUCACCAACUUGUUCAUUGGUAUCCUCUGCGACAGCUUCUGCCGCGAGUCGUACGGUGCCGUCGUCACGGAAGAGCAAAUCAAGUGGAUCAAACUCCAAAAAAAAGUGCUCGCGCUCGCGCCCCAAGUGUACUACCCGUCGCCGAAAGACCCGUUCCGAAAACGCUGCUUCCAGAUCGUGCACUACCGCUACACCGAGUACUUUGUCACGGCGUGCAUCUUUCUCAACAUCCUCACCAUGUGCAUGGACCAGUACGGUGACAGCGUCGCGUUCCAGGACGGUCUCGCCGUCUCCAACUAUGUGUUUACGGGUGUCUUUGCCGUCGAGGCCUUUCUCAAACUCAACGCGUUUGGCUGGGCGUACUUUGACGACGCAUGGAAUCGGUUCGACCUUAUGAUCGUCGUCUUCACGGUCAUUAGCAUCCUCCUGCCGUUUUUUACAAAGUCGCUCAGUCUUGGCACCGCGAUCACCGUCGUUCGCGUCUUCCGCGUCGGGCGCGCGCUCCGGCUCAUCAAGCAAGCCAAGACGAUGAAGAACCUCAUUGACACGCUCAUCGUGUCGCUGCCAGCCGUCGUCAACGUCACGAGUCUGCUCAUGCUCCUCUUUUACAUCUACUCGGCGCUCGGCGUGCAGUUCUUUGCCAAGGUCGCGUUGAACGACGAGCUCAUCCACAAGUACCAGAACUUUCAAAACUUUUUCCGCGCGCUCCAAGCGCUCAUUGGGUACAGCACGGGCGAGAACUGGAACAACUUUACAUGGGAAGUCUACUACACGGUGCCCGCAUCGAAUCCCAACUGCGUCGACCGACCGUACAAUGCGAGCAUGUGUGGCUUCAACGACACCGAGUUUGACUGCAUUCCCCUCGACGGCUGCGGCACGUGGGGCAUUAUCCCGUACAUGUACUCGAUGUACCUCAUCAUCGGGUAUCUUGGCAUGAACCUCUUCUCGGGUAUCGUGAUCGACGCGAUUGGCGACUCGUCGACCGACUCGCCCGUGAAUGCGAAUACGCUGGCCGAGUUUGCCGAGCGGUGGGCCGACUUUGACCCGCGCGGGAGCGGCUUGAUCACGGCCGAGGAGCUCGCGGACUUUCUCUACACGGUGUACCCGCCGUUUGGCUUCAAGGCCGUGCCUGGCUUCACCCGGCGCCGCGUCGUCAUUGCGAUUGGUCAGCUCGACAUUCCAAUCUACGACAAGGUCUACGUCCAUUUCAAGGACGUGCCCCGUGCCCUCGUGACGCGCGUACUGGCCGAGGGCGACCCGGCCAAGCACGCGGAGAUCAACAAGCUCAUGGAUCAAAUGGGCAUCAACAAGCAAUUUGAAGAGAUUUGGCACCGCCGGCGCGGCAAGAAGCAGAAGGAGCGACUGCUCCAGCGCGAAGUCGGGCCCGUCAAAGAGUACUCGGCCAGCGUCGUCAUCCAGCGCUUCUUGACCAAGAGCAAGCUGCAGCGCCAACAUGCGCGGUCGACGACCUCCCGACACCUUGCGACGGGCACUUCGCAGACAGGAAUGCACCCAGACGAGUCGGGCGUCCCACCCCCUUUAGACAUGGACCAAGCCCCGGACAGCGCGGCCACCGACGGUCUCGAGCCGAGCCAGAACCGACGCGACAUGAACCUCGAGUCGAUGGAAGGUCCGGACGCGGGUGAAACCUCGGGGUCUGCGGCCGCAAGUCCGUGAGUGUCCCAAGUGUAGUUGGUAUAAUUUAUGAUUCAUACGUUCCGUAUUUAACGACUAGAAUAUGACAAUCGAG